AUGGCAAAAUUGAAACAUCCCAUCAGCUACAAGGCUCUUACAAAGCCACCAAAUGACCAAAAGCCGCUAUCGUUCACAGGAGGGUUUGUUCCAAACCAACCAACACAGAACAAGGUUUACUCCUUUGAUCUGUCCAAGGUGGAUGCUUUAUUUGAUGAAAUGCUGCUACAGAAAGCAAUAGAGACACCACAUAGGAUGCCCAAGCCGGAAGAGCUCAAGGGCAUGCAGUAUUACAGAUGGCACAACUUUUGGAACCAUUCCACCAAUAGUUGUGUUGUUUUCAGAGAUGUCAUACAGGAAGGAAUAAUAGCAGGAAGGUUGAAACUGGUAGAGAAACCUCCAUCAGUUACAACAGAUCCUUUCCCUCAGCCACAGGUCAACAUGGUCAACUUGAAUUGGCCAGAACAGAAGAGAACUAAACCAACGACAGAAGCUAGCUCCAGCAGAAGUAGAAGAGUCAUAAGGGAAACUAGUCGUAGGCCAAGAACAACUAUCUCGGCUGGGGUAAUGCUUUGCAGCAAGUGCAAGUGUGAGACUGAGUCAGAAGUGGUUUUGGAUAGGCAGAAUCAGCCCACACUAGUGUUUUCGACAAGAUUGUAA